AAAAACGACGCCUUCAGGAGGAUACACUGCUUCAGUAGCCCAAGCAGGUCUGCUCGUUGGGAUACUGUGACUAGCUUCACAGUGUCCCUUAUAGUCUGCUGGCUCUUCAAAACACCACUUAGACUCGAACAGUUAUUUUCUUUCAUGGAGACUUUCCCCCCUGCUUUCUGUAUGGGUCGGCCUAAUGCACAGAAUCUUUCAGAUUUGCAAUAGUUACAUACUAACCAGACCUGCUCUGUUACCUUUGUGCCAGCUGAACGUGUGCUGGUUACUCUUUGUCUUCGGAAGGGAAAAUCGCCCCGGCAAGGCCCGGCCUUACAGGCCGAGAAUUUUCUCUCCUUCCUUGAGUUACGCGGGCGGGUUGUUAAAGGCACCCCCAGCGCCGGCGGCAACGCGGCCCGUUUGAGAGGCGGCCCCGCUGAGGCGGCAGCGCCCACACGGCCCCUCGGGACCCCCCCCCCCGCCCUCGCUGCGGCCGCUGAGGAGGCGGCUGGCGCCGGCCGCAAGCUCGCCAGGCCGCGGCGGCGCCUCAAUGGGACCGGAGCUCGCUGGAGGCCGCCUGGGUUGCGGGGGGGGAUGUCGGUUCAGAGCCGUUUCCUUCCUGGGGAGGGUGGAGGUGUAAUUGGGAGGAAGGGGAGAAAUGACUGUACCUGCUCUUGUAAUGCCAUUGGGAUAGUUGGCUGUGAAGAAGCGCUUCUAAAUAAUUGCUUUUUUUGUUUAAUUCUCCCUCAUCUAGCUAAGCAUCCAGAGAUAAAAGCGUUGAUGAAGCCAGACUACAACUUGAUCUGGGUGGUUGUGCUGAUGGUUCUCGCGCAGUUGACUGCAUUUUAUCUGGUUAAAGAUUUGGACUGGAAGUGGGUAAUCUUCUGGGCGUAUGUUUUUGGAAGCUGUAUUAGCCACUCCAUGACUCUGGCUAUUCACGAGAUCUCUCACAACAGUGCCUUCGGCAACAGCAAAGCAAUGUGGAAUCGAUGGUUUGGAAUAUUUGCCAACCUCCCUCUUGGUCUCCCGUACUCCAUAUCCUUCAAGAGAUACCACAUGGAUCAUCAUCGUUACUUGGGAGGCGAUGGAAUCGACGUGGACAUUCCUACCAACUUUGAAGGCUGGUUUUUCUGCACCCGUUUUAGGAAAUUCAUAUGGAUUGUUCUUCAGCCCUUUUUCUAUGCCAUUAGACCUCUCUGCAUCAAUCCCAAACCCAUUACUCGACUCGAAAUCAUCAAUUUAUUGGCUCAGCUUUCCUUUGAUAUCGUGAUAUAUUAUUUAUGGGGAGUCAAAUCCACUUUUUACAUGCUUGCUGGCUCAGUACUUGGGCUUGGGUUGCACCCAAUUUCAGGACACUUCAUAGCUGAACAUUACAUGUUUUUAAAAGGACAUGAGACUUAUUCCUAUUAUGGGCCACUUAAUUUGCUCACUUUUAAUGUUGGCUAUCACAACGAACAUCAUGACUUCCCCAAUAUUCCUGGCAAGAGCCUUCCACUGGUGAAGAAAAUAGCAGCUGAAUACUAUGACAACCUGCCACAAUAUAACUCUUGGAUAAAAGUAUUGUAUGACUUCGUGAUGGAUGACACAAUCAGCCCAUAUUCACGCAUGAAAAGGCAACUAAAGGGUGAAGUGAAGCAAGAUUAAACUUCUAGCAACAAAAAAACUUGGAAAUGUCUGCUUGCUUUAAAGUGGCUGGUAUAAGGUCUCUUGCUAAAGAUGCUCCCUGGUGUCCUGAAUUAAGAUCUCCAGCAACACAGCAAUGCAUCCUUAAGGAUUUGGUAGCAGACUCCUGCCAGCUAUAACAUUCCUUGCAGUCCUCUGAUUCAUUGGUUUAAUGUUUGUGUGUUUGCCUAAGGAUCAGUGUUAUAUGCAUAAAUGCUAAAUCACUUUGUUACAGAAUUUACUUUGGCAGGUGUUAAAUCUAUGUGAAAGUAUCUCUCUGACUCGUAAUAUUUUAUAAGUUCUCCAUGUCGUACACUGCCCACAACGUGCUCUUUAGAUGACUAUAGUGUUAAAAUGCUGUACUUACUGAUAAUUCUAAACUAACAUGAAUUAACUUAAACCUUCUGUUGAACCUGUUUCCUAACUGAUGGGUGGAAGAACUAAAUUUGCACAGAAAUGCUAAGUCUGCUUUUGUUUAAAUAUGUAACGUGUCAUUUGAAGCACUGCUUUAAAGUUCUACCUUUUCUACUGGAAGUAGCUUAAAGGAGCAAUCUAUUGGAAUGAAAUUGGCAUUUUUGAGAUGGCUUUUGUAACGUCCUUGUAAAAAAUGUGGGGAAUUGUCACCUUCAGGGGUUCCCACCUUCUGCCGGAGCUGCUUGUGUCAGCACGUAGCUCCAGCAGCCAGCACUUGGAACUGUACUGUGUCAGCCCCUGGGUAACGUCAUACAACUGAUAAGAUUUUUUCAUAUUUGAAAAAUCUUGUUACAGUUUGGGGGUUUUCUGAUCCGCCAAGAAAAAAUGAUUAAGAUUUUUUGAGUUGGCUCUGCUGUUACCAUGGCUUUUUAAAUGCUAACUCUUAAUAUUUACACUCAGUUGGAAGUUUGACUUGUAUGGAAAACUGAAUCAAGUGAAGCAGAUCCCGUUCUGGCAAACAAGGGUAGCUACACCCCCUGACAACUCUACCUGUUAAGCAUACUAGUUGCUUGUGUACACAGAAAAGUGUUGCUAAAUAAUCUUGAUUAUUUUUUUUCCUUAUACCCACAGUACCCUAAACAAACACUUAUCUGUCUUUCAUAUUAAACCAUGGUGAGAGCGCAGGUGGUGGUACCAGAGUUCUUGCUUAAGAAGUUUUAAAAUCGGGAACAGAGAAUGGGUAGACUUGUUGAACCCUGAGGAAUGAGUCUAUGUGUACCUCAGCACAGUAUAUUUGCCUUCUGUCAUGUAAUGCUUUAAUGAUGGCUUUAAGCUGUCACAGGUGGCUACAAAUCACCCUUAAAUCAUCCUGCAGUAUGUUCUUCACUUAUCUGAACGAUGGAAUCUGAUGAAGGUUGAAGUCGUAGCUACUGUCAGCACUGGUCUGCUGUAAGUAACUUAAUUUUUAGAUGCCUCCAGCUCCUGCAUUUUAUGGGGUUUUGGGGGCUUUUGGAAGAAGCUGAGUGCCUGAGAAGAAUUUGCUGGUCAGUCUUAACCCUCACUUGAUUGUGAUCCUGUUUCUAAUGCGUGUUUUGUUUUUUAAGCGUGGGUCCUUAUCUGUGUUUAAGUAAUAGAAAUGGUAUGGAAGUGUGCCAGCCACUUACAAAGUGACUUUGUUAUGAUGCCAAUAACAUGCCAGCCAGCAAAUUGCUCAGGGUAUAGUGUCAUGUCAAAAUAGUCCUUAUCCAGUAUUUUUACAUGUAAUUAAAAAGCAAAGAUUAAAGUAACCUUGGGUGAAUUUUUGACUGGUCCCCUAAUGCUGAAGGACUUAAGCUUUAGAGAAAUUUGGUGUUUUUAAAGCAGCUGCAAGAGCUGUUCUGUUGAGUGGUAGUGUAGAUGAACUGUAAAGAAUUGCUGGUUUGCCUUUCUCCUGGGAACAAAACUGACUUUGGCUGAAAGACUUCCAUAGGUUUAAGUUGCAAAAGAGCUUCUUUUUAAGCUGCUUCUGCGUGACUGUUUCUCAAUUUAAGAGGUGAAUGGUGGAAUUAAAUAGCUUUAAUAGAUUGCCAUAGCUGAAUGAAGGAUGGAAGUUGUCUCCAAAAAGUCUUACAGUGAAAAGCUGCAGUUGAGAAAUUGCUAUCUGAAGUAUUCAUUUGGGUGCUCAAAAUUUAACUUUCGUGCUUGGGUGUAGUUCCCUAUUGUGUAGGAUCACUGAUGCCCCUUGCUGUCUGCCCAAGGGGUGGUGCAAGUAUGAAUUCCUGCUUUUAAACACCAUUUAUCUUGUUUGCAAUAGCAAAUACUGCUUUAAGGUGUCCUGACUAUGACCUUCCCUUCCAACUCUUGAUAUAAUCAAAAUACCUUGUUUUCACUUUUAACAGCUGCAGAAUAGUGGGGGCUUCUGUGGGAGACACCUUGGCUUGCAUAAUCUUCCUGAAACAUAUGCUACUGCAUGUUUUCACUGGAGAAAAUUUACUGGACAAGGGUCAUCUGAGCCAGUGAGACUGCUGUUUGGAUUGAAACCAUGGUGUGAUUCUAGCAAGGACUGGUAACUACCAUUCUUAGGCAUAGAAUUCCUGUGCAAUACACAAGAGGCUUUGGCAUCUUAGGCCUGCAGUAUGUGCAAUACACAAGAGGCCCUGCAGUAGCAGGGAUUUUGGCGGAAGCAGAUCAUCUGAAAGCUAACCCAUACUGCAGUAUAGCUUCAUCUCUAAAAAAGAGUUAGAAGCAUGUUUGAGCCACUGGUAAAAGGAAUUAGGAGCAGCUGGACUACUUGUUUUGUGGUUGAUAUAUUCUAAAUGAAUAACUAGUUUUCUCCAGUCAUAGUUAUAAUGUGAUAUUUAGUCUAAAGGCAUGGCACAGAAAUAAGAGACAGGAUUAUUUUUAAAUACCUGUGAACCAUCUAGUUACUGUUUUUUAAGGAAUUAAAUAGAUUUCAUUAAUGCUAUUAAAAUAUCUGGGAGAAACAGGUUACUAUAGUUUUAGAAAUACUUGCUCUGAAAGUUGGACGGAGCUUUGCCUAACUAGUGAAGAACAAACUAAACCUAAAAAGCAUUAAGAACCCUGACAGUUAACCUAAUUAUAAUUUUUUUAUAUAUAUAUAUAUAUAAAAAUCUAUUCAGAUGGAAUGAGUUAACUUUGUUCUUUCUACAUACUUGUUAGGGUUUGUGUAACUAAAGCAUCUUACUAGUCUGGCAGUUUGGCAGACCUCUCCUAAGUGAAAUCAGCCAGGAGUUGAACUGCCAAAGCACAGCUGACUCUGUUUAACAGAGUUAAACAGUUAAAACUUACAGUUUUGACAAUAAGCUGCCUUGCAUAGCUCGUAACACACCUCCUAUCCCCCCGCCCCAAUUAUUUGAAGCUUCUGAAGUGGUGUAAGUAACGCAGCUGGGAGUCUCAUCACACUAGGCCUGGGUUUUCCCACAGGACAGGCGUGGAUAUGGAUAUAUUCCUCUUUCAAAACAACUCUUGCCUCUGGCAUUCUGGUUUUGCUGUUGAACCUGUCUGUUCCACAACAGUGCCCAAUUAACAUGUCAAAUGGGUGCAUCUCUCUGGCUACGGAGCUUCAUGCUUUAAGAUCUAGGAGAAGACUUCCUACCUGGAACCAGAGGCCAGUUGAAACGUAGUUAAGACUUCAGUUCUGUGUCUCAAAAUUCCCUGGGUUAAUCUUUAAAUGUAGCCAGCGAGCACAUAAUACUUAACUAGUCCAUGUAUGUUGAGAAAUGGAGCUGUUCUGAGUAAGCAGACACUGUUAGAUAAUUAGCUCAGUGAUUCACCUCUACCUCCUUGGCAUUUAUUCCUGUAUCUGCCACAGCAGAAUUUCAAGUUGUUCAUUCCUUAUUUAAUGAUAAGGUUCACCAAGCAAUAAUGUCAGUGCUGUGGAUUGCAGGCAGCCAUACUAAUCCUCUUGGGCACACAUGAGAAAAGGCUCUUUCAGGGAGCAAUCUUGCAUAAGUGGUCCAAGAUGUGGCUUUUGGAAAGUUACUCCUCUGUCCUGUCAUUUUAAAGAGUCUCAAAAUACUUCAGGCAAAGCAAGUUGUGCUGUUCCAGCUAGGACAGGACAAAGUGCAGGAGCUGCUUCUGGGUCUGCCAGGACUGUUUCUGCAAGGUCCCAGGAAAACAAGCUGACAAAUAGGUGUGUCCAAAUCAUGUAGAUGUGUCUUUGGAGUAGCAGCCUGCAACUUUAUAUAUGUAAUUUUCUCUAUCAAAUCCUCUUAUUUCACAAUCCAGCCUGCAGUGGUAGACAAACCUUUAGUGAGGGCAAAAUUGUUGAAAAGGUUUCCUUAUUGAGCCAAGAAUGAAGACAGCAUUCAUUUCUUUCUUUUUUUUUUCCUGCUGACAGUUCCCUGUGCUGCCCCUGCCUGUGCUUAAGUCAGCAUCUAAAGUGCUCAGGGACAAAAUCAUUGCUGUGAUUGAGAGAUACAUGGUGAGCCUCAGGGAAAGGGAGAGGAGAAUGGCAGGAUGAACAAAUUCUUGAUCUUGUCCCAGGAGAAACAAGAUGACUGGAGGGAAAACCCCCUCCAGGCAUGUUUGGAGGGUGGCAGCUGCACAUGCAGAAAAAAGUAGUGGUCUCUACUGCAUGAAAAAGCUUGUUCCUUAAAGUGAUUCCCAUUUUUCUGUGUACAAGUACAAGAGAUCUUGCAUUUUAUCUCUUAUCAAGUGUUUUUAGUGGUAAGUACUAUAGCCUAAGCAGAACUUCCCACAAGAACAGGUAGCAGUGUGGGUGCAGCACUUCCUUGUGUAAACAGUUUUGCAAAAUAAAAAAUAAAGCAAAACCUUUUAUUUAAGAAAGGUGGUAAAACUGUGAAGUUGUAGAUUUAGAAGUAAAAAGGGAAACAGCUUAUGUAACGUAGGUAAUUCUUGUAUAACUCUGUACAUCUAGGUAUAAUUUUACAUUAAAAUGAGUUGCUUAACUGA